AACCAAAUGUAGCGAGUGAGAAAGAGGUGAGGGAAGAUUGGAGGGAGGGAAGAAGGUAAUGGAAGAUGAGAGCUCAGUGUGGUACAGGAAGAGAACGGGCGUAGGAAAGCAGAUGGCUGAUGAGCGGUGAAACUGAAACGCUCAGGCGUUUGUCAGGGACACCCUCCUGGGUCCUUUCUCUCCGCGGCGGACUGCGGGAAGCCGGCCCUUCGUUUACCUGGCUGAGGCUGCUACGGAGCUGCGGUUCACCGCUUCAUGAUUUUCUGCCGAUUCUGGGGAAAGAUGGCAACUAAUGAUGCUGUUCUGAAGAGGCUGGAGCAGAAGGGCGCAGAGGCGGAUCAGAUCAUUGAGUAUCUUAAGCAGCAGGUUGCUCUUCUCAAGGAGAAAGCAAUUUUGCAGGCAACAUUGAGAGAAGAAAAGAAACUUCGAGUUGAAAAUGCUAAACUGAAAAAAGAAAUAGAAGAACUAAAGCAAGAGCUGAUUCAGGCAGAAAUUCAUAAUGGAGUGAAGCAGGUACCUGUUCCAUCGAGUACUUCACUAGAGGCUAAUUGCACUGUUUCCAAAAGUGUGAUACAGUCUCCAUCAGUAACAACCACUACCUCUUCUGGUACAAAAGAGCAGAUCAAAGGAGGGGGAGGAGAAGAAAAGAAGGUAAAAGAGAAGACUGAAAAGAAAGGAGAGAAAAAGGAGAAGAAGCAGCAGUCAGCAGCAGCAGCAGGUGCUGACUCUAAGCCUAUCGACGUAUCGCGCCUGGAUCUUCGAAUUGGUUGCAUCGUUACUGCCAAGAAACACCCCGAUGCAGAUUCACUGUACGUUGAAGAAGUUGAUGUGGGAGAAGCAGCCCCACGAACGGUCGUCAGUGGACUGGUGAAUCAUGUUCCUCUAGAACAGAUGCAAAAUCGGAUGGUGGUUUUACUUUGUAAUCUGAAGCCUGCAAAAAUGAGGGGAGUGCUGUCUCAGGCAAUGGUGAUGUGUGCCAGUUCACCAGAGAAAGUGGAGAUUCUGGCCCCUCCCAAUGGGUCCGUCCCUGGAGACAGAAUUACUUUUGAUGCUUUCCCUGGAGAGCCCGACAAGGAGCUGAACCCGAAGAAGAAGAUCUGGGAGCAGAUCCAGCCUGACCUGCACACCAAUGAGGAGUGUGUGGCCACGUACAAAGGCGUUCCCUUUGAGGUGAAGGGGAAGGGAGUGUGCAGGGCCCAAACCAUGGCCAACAGUGGGAUUAAAUAAGUGCUCUGUAACUGGAAGACAGUGGCGAAACCGUAAUAUCAAUAAAGAGGAGUGAGUUUAUCACUUACAAUAAAAUA